GUUUCGUAGCAGACUGCUGAAGGCUGGUUUGCGUCGACAUGGCGGUUUCCCUGAGUGUCUUGCUGGGGGGGCGCGUUUGCGCUGCCGUCGCUCGCUGUGGGUUCGCGACCCGGGGGGUGGCGGGCCCAGGCCCUAUCGGCCGGGAGCCGGACCCCGAUUCCGACUGGGAGCCGGAGGAACGGGAGCUGCAGGAGGUGGAGAGCACCCUGAAAGGACAGAAAAAAGCAAUCCGAUUCCAGAAAAUUCGGAGGCAAAUGGAGGCGCCUGGUGCCCCGCCCAGAACCCUGACUCGGGAAGCCAUGGAGCAGAUCCGGUAUUUACGUGAGGAAUUUCCAGAGUCCUGGUCAGUUCCCAGGUUGGCUGAAGGCUUUAAUGUCAGCACUGAUGUGAUCCGAAGAGUUUUAAGAAGCAAGUUUGUACCCACAUUGGAGCAGAAGCUGAAGCAGGAUCAAAAAGUCCUUAAGAAAGCUGGGCUUGCCCACUCUCUCCAGCAGCUCCGGGGCGCUGGAAAUACCUCAAAGCUGCUCCCUGCAGGCCACUCUGUAUCAGGUUCUUUGCUUAUGCCGGGGCAUGAAGCCUCAUCCAAAGACGCGAAUCACAGCACAGCUUUGAAAGUGAUAGAGUCAGACACUCACAGGACAAAUACACCAAGGAGAUGGAAGGGAAGAAAUAAAGAAAUCCAGCACCUGGAGGAGAGCUUUGUGCCUGUUGCUGUACCCCUAGGUCAUCCAAGAGAGCUACAGAAGUACUCCAGUGAUUCUGAGAGCACCAGAAGAACUGGCAGUGGUGCAUUGCCAAGUGAUCAGAAGCUGGAGGAGUUGAAGGCAGAGGAGCCGGGUAACUUCAGCAGCAAAGUAGUGCAGAGGGGCCGAGAGUUCUUUGACAGCAACGGGAACUUCCUGUAUAGAAUUUGAGUCGGGGCUUGGCUUGUGGAGAUGCCUUGUGAAACACAGCUGGGCAAGGAAUAUAUAUGGAACAGCCUGGAUUUCUACAUAUGGAGAAGCCACCUUGGAAUAGGAAGAAGUGUUGAGCCUGGACUGUGGGAGGAAAAAACUGCCUGGAUAGAUUUCAGACUUCCUGUAGUAGUGCCCCCAAUCUGACCUCUGUUGAUCUUCAGUACUCACUCUUCUUGCUUGGACUCUCUGUAUGUUGAAAACCAGCCAUGUUGCAUGUGUUGUUACAAUUUUCUGUGAUACUUGCAAUUUAUAUUUGAGAGGAAGUGAAAAGUUUGCCUUCUGACCUCAUUUCCUUCUUGAUCAGUGAACACUAACAUUUUUGGGACAACUUAGUCAAUUGUUUUCCUUACAAGCAAAAUAAAGUAAAAUGUAGCAGUCUG